AGGAGUUUCCAGUCUCAAUGAAAAGAGUCCAGAUCUCACAGCCGGAUCCACAGACGCCUUCUGGAGCUUUGAUUCAUGUGCCACGUUACUUGGGCAACCUGCCGUUCAGAGUCUGGAAGAAGAUGCAGGACAUCGUCCAAAACACUCCUGUGAUUCUGGAUCCAAAUACGGCUCAUCUACGUCUCCUCCUGUCUGAUGAGCUGAUCAGUCUAAGUUGGAGUGAGAACAAACAAUCCGUUCCUAAAAAUCCAGAGAGAUUUGAUGAUUAUUAUUGUGUUUUGGGUUCAGAUGGUUUUAACUCAGGAACACACUGCUGGGAUGUGGAGGUUAAAGAGAGUUUAUGCUGGAGUCUUGGAGUAACUACAGCAUCAAACAAAAGGGGGUGUGAUUUCUAUAACACUGAUGUAUGGAAUGUGCAGUAUGAUCAGUAUGGACUGUAUGAAAGGUCUGGUUUUAUUGUUAAAAAAUAUCUUGAUCGUGUGAGAGUGAAUCUGGACUAUGACAGAGGAGCGGUGUCAUUCUCUGAUCCUGUAACUAACACACAUUCACAACCACCUUCACUGGCACUGUCUUUCCAUCCUUUGAUAGUUUUUCCUCUGUCAGGAUCUUACCGUUGAGUAGUCAGUAAACUUUACACCUGUAGGUCUGGAUCGCCCUGCUUUCAUAUUUGAUAUUAUUUAUAUAUCAAUUAGUUUUCACUUUUCUGUAGCAAUUCAGGGUUAUUUAUUAUUUAUCCCAUCAAGCCUAUGUGGUUUUAUCAACUCCCUGUUGUCUUAAAAUUCCUAUAUAUUUUGUCUUUGUUGGAACAAAUUCACUAAAAGACUCACUGAAAACUGAAAAGUUUGACUUAGUUUCAG